UCAUACUACACCGCAUCCACACCUACCUCGCCUGAUUCUCUCCCACCAUUCUUUCCGAGCGAGCCCUCGAGCGGUCAAAGCAGAAUCGAGUCAUAUCAUAAAACGACAGACCAUGUCUCCAUCAUCUGCAUCUGCGCCUGCAUCCGCAUCUGGCCCACACCCAUUGGCCCUCCCGCCCACGUUCUCUCCGGAUACUCUAGACGCCCUUUCCGAGCUCUCUCUCGUCCUCGCACGCGUCCGCGCCGGUAUUCAGUCGUCGGCUGGAAUCACUACCGAGCCUGCACCGGGGACCACCGGUCACAACGCCUCUGGACCUACAUUGUCUUUCAAAGAUGUCCCUGGAGCCACCGAUGGCCUGAAACACAAGCUGCAGCGUGCUCGCGCACAGGUCCGAGAGCUCCCGGACAUGGACCGAUCCAUCGCUGAACAGAACGAUGAGAUCCGUGACCUUGAAAAUCGCAUCGAGAAACAACGAGCAUUACUCCAACGACUAAGAGACGAAGCCACUGGAAGGGAUCGGAAAGAGGAAGUCAGCGCUGGUGACAAGAUGGAGUCAUGAUACAUGUCCAAUAUUUGUUAUGAUGAGUCACCUAUGAUUCUUGGGAUUAGACUAUUUCUUUUAGCGAGGUUGUCAUCUUGAUUUAUCAGCAGGGUGUUUGGAGUUUC